AUGUCAUCAAGGCGGCCCAUCUAUGUGAACCCCGCGACAGGUGAGCGCUGUGAAUGGUCUCCAGUGCCAGGCCUCGCCGAGUUUCACAGAUCGCUUCCAAAUUAUGCCCCAACCCCGCUUAUGUCUCUGAACGAGCUUGCCACGGAACUCGGUAUUCGUGCAAUCUACGUCAAGGAUGAAAGUAACAGAUUCGGCCUUCCUGCUUUCAAGGCUCUCGGCGCGUCGUGGGGCUGUUUCCGAGCUAUUGCUCGGCAAGUUGGACUUCCAACAACUGCCUCUCUAGACGACGUCUCUAUCCAAGCUAAGACAAAUUCGUUAGUCUUGUUUGCAGCGACAGAAGGGAAUCACGGAAGAGCAGUUGCUUUCAUGGCCCGUUUGAUGGGCAUCGAAGCGCGUAUUUUUGUUCCCCGAUCCAUGGACGAGACCACACAGGGCUUCAUUACUGGUGAAGGCGCUCGUGUUUUUGUUUCCCAGGGCUCGUAUGAUAUGGCAGUUCAAGAAGCCUUUGAUCAAUCACGCCAUAUUGAAAAUGCUUUCCUGAUUCAGGAUACUGCAUUCGAGGGGUACGAGGAUAUCCCCGCUUGGAUCGUUGAGGGAUACUCGACUAUGAUGAUCGAGGUUGAAGAGCAGCUCUCUCAGCUAGGUCUAUCUGCAAGUGUGGUGGUUACUCCUGUUGGUGUCGGCAGCCUUGCGCAUGCGGUCACACAACAUUGCAAGUCAAGGGAAAGGCCUGUCUCGGUGGUUGCCGUUGAGCCUGACUCUGCACCUUCUCUCUUCUCUAGUCUGCGUGCCGGGAAGUUGAUCCCGGUGCAGACUUCUGACACUAUCAUGGAUGGCAUGAACUGUGGUACUGUUUCGUCAACCGCUUGGCCUGACCUGCAACGUCUUGUCGAUGCAUGUGUCACAGUGUCGUCCUAUGAGAGCCACCUCGCAGUUCAGUAUCUCACUUCCAGGGCAGUGGAUACUGGGCCUUGCGGUGGUGCUUCUUUAGCCGCCCUCCGCUGCCUGGCUGCAGACAAAGAACGGUCUACGGUCCUGAAUGAAGACUCUAUUGUGGUUCUUUUGGCCACCGAGGGCGCACGCAAAUACCAGACCCCUCGCGACGUUUCCAUUGAAGACGCAGUUGAUUUGACGCAGGUACUCACUCGCAUCAACUCUUCCAAUCCUACCUUGUCGGUGAGCGAUGGCGCCGGCGAGAGUGAGAUUGCCGAUUAUUUGUCUGCGUGGUUCGCCCAUCGGGAUAUUGAAUAUCACCGCAUCGAGCCAUUCGCUGGACGCCCGUCAAUCGUGGGGGGUGCUCCGAGGAAGCGGAGGAGGUAA